UUCGAGAGGAUUUUUAUGUAUUUGCCCACACAUUGCAUCGCGAUAUGCAAGAGCCAUAAGCAGGGCGUUGUGAAGUCACAGCUGCUCACCCACUUGGACGCCAAACACCAGGAGCUGGCUCCCCACACACGGCGCAGCAUGAUACAAGCCACUAGCCAGGAGCCAUCACUACGGAACUGGGCCGACAAUGUAGACCAGGUCAUGUUUCCACGCCCAGAUGCUGCGCCGCUGCCCCAUCUGCCCGUGUACGCAAAUGGCUUAAAAUGCUGGGAGUGUGGAUAUAUCUGCCGGCACGUAAACAAGAUGCAGGAGCAUGGCCGGAACCACCAUAGCUGGACUGGCAGCCGCACACGCAGCGUCGGCCGUCUAGCAGCC